AUGGGGGAGCUCUUCCCCUCGACUCAGGACAUAGUCCUGAGCCUGAGAAACCCCACUACUAUGGGCCGGGUCAAGUCUAGGCACCAAGACCGCCCCACGCACUCAGGUGCCGUGCACCCACACAAACCAUCGCAAACAGAGGGCACAUACGUGCAUGGCAAGGAUGGCGCUCUUGAAGGAGUUCAUUGCACGAGGAGAAGUUGUUCUAGUAAAAGGCAGGUCUCUCUUAAUUCAUCCUUGAUAUACUUCCGUAGAUAUAAUUGGUACACCUUUGAUUGCCAGCAGCCAAUCGCAACAAUGUCCUCCAGGUUGCAACCUAAAUUCCACCUAAGGGAACCGCCGCCCACUCGAGAGGAGUGCCCUUCAGAGUUUUGCAAGUCUUGCGAUCACCACUUGGGUAGAAGAACAGUGUGUCGUCCUCAGUAG